GUAAUUGAAUUAUCUAUGAAAAUAUAGUCAUACUUAUUGACAUGUUAUUAGAUGUCAUUUGAAAAAGAAAACCCAAGAAAUUCAAAAAAUUAUUUGUUCAAGCCAAUAUUUCAAAUUCCUUGUCUUAACAGAUGUAAAUCUUUAAGAUAGUGGAACAUAAAGUAAUUGAUAUCGGUCCUAAAUUCUAAUAGUUGCUAAUAUUCUAAGAACAGCAUUCUGUGAUAUGAUGGAAUCGGGUGAUUAUAAAAGGAGACAUCGAAAAGAUGAAAAAGAUUACAGAAGGGAUAGGAAUAAGAAGCGACAUCACAGGCAUAAAGACAGGGAAGGAAAAGUUGAUAAUUCUCCAUAUAAUGAAAAAGGAGCAAUAAAUGAUGAUGAUUAUCAUCAUCGGAAAAAGAAUAGGGUCGAAAAUAGUCGUCAUAAACACAAAGAUAAUGAUCAAAUACACCCGAAUGAGAAAAAGGAUUACAAACUUCGUAAAGAAUCCAGAGAAAAUUCUUCGGUUGAUCAAAGAUAUUUAGAGAAAUCAAACAAAAGCAAUAAAACGGAUUAUGUUCGAUCGAUAAACAAUAUUUAUUACACGUCUCGAGGACAAUCGUCUUUGCGUAAAUAUAAAACAUUUCAUUUAGGUCAAACGGGACACGCCUCGCGUUCAACCGACAUCGGAGAACAAAAAGAACUAACAUCAAAACGGAGAACACGAAGUGAAAAAAAAUCUAAGGAAAAUAAAGUAUCACAAAUAUGGUAUUGCCAAAUAGAUACGACAGUUCCGUUUAAACAAUACGAAAGAAGCGAAGAACGCCCCGAAACUGUCCCAAAGAAGAAUGACAAAACAACUCGCAUCAAACGACGUCCUAAAUCUUCUCCAGUGAAAAAAGUGGAUAGUGAAUUUUAUUUGUGUCCGUCUUUCUCAGAAUUAAGAAAAUCGCAUCAUCUAAGAAAAGAAGAAAAACACGAAAAUGUGCUAGCCAUAAGCAAGCAAGACAUAAGUAAGAAGAUAGAAGAAGAAUAUACUAAAAAGAUAGAGAAUAACUUAAAAACGUAUCUGAGUAAAAUUGAAAGAAUGAUUGAUAAAAAACUUAAUGAUUAUUUGCAAAUAAAGAACACUAAACUAAGAGAAGCCAUAGAUGAUAAUAUGAAAUUUAUAGAAAGAGAAAGGAAUAAGAAUCAAAACGAAAGCAAUGAUGUAGAAAAACGAUCCAAAAUAGGAAAAAUAAGUAACAAAUAUAUUCUUCCUUGUGAGGAAAUUAGCGAACGGAGACGUUGCCAUUCAUUAACCAAAGCACAUCGAAUAUCUGGAUUAAAAGUUACCGGGAAAUCACAUCAACCUGUUCCCGACAUUAUUCCCAUUGAGGAAAGACACGACUACAUCAGACAUCAAGACGAACUUCGAACAAUCAAGAAAGAAUCUCGCCAUCGUGCCAAAGAAAAACGUAUGGAUAGGAGCCCUAUGUAUCACGAGAAAAAAGAUAAACAUUACGAUUAUAGUGAACUUAAUUUCGAAAAGGGUUAUCUAAGAGGAGAUAUCCGGACGAACGAAGAUAAAGUCAAGAGAAUUAAAAAAAGUAAAGUCAAAACGCAAAAUUUUGAAAUGCUCGAUCACUCUACAGGAAUAGGUUUGACGACGCCAUCCAUAGACAAACACUUAAAUGAAAAUGGAAGACUUACAAACAAAUGCAUGAAACAAGAAAUUAUUUCACCAUAUGAACCAGACCAUUCGUGGAUGGUAGUGUCCGAAGAUCAUAGGAUGGAGAAAAGAAACGCCAAACUUCAACGUAAUACAAAUCCACCGAAACAAAGUCCUAAUCGAGACCCAUCCACUUCGAUUGUGUAUUUCAAACCCACAUUUUCCAAGAAAAAUAUUCCAAGUUUUUCUGUUUAUGAAAAAGAUUCGAGCAAUUCUGAUUUUUUUACUAGACGAACGAAUGAUAAUAAAGCGGAAGAACAUUUUCUUUCCCAUCAGAGAUUUUCACGUGAAUUCGGUGACGUUUCACAUAAAAAAAAUAAUUUCAUAGUAGAAGGAAUCGAACCAGCAAAACGAUUGGUUCCUUCUUCGACGAAAUCUUCUAAGAAGAAGCACCCCAGGAAUCUAGAAUGUAAGACUGUAUCGGUAAUAACGAUUCCUUCACAAGAUCAAGGGAAAAAGUAUUUCUCUUUAGGCAAUACAAAAGGAGAUACAACAGAAAACUCGAAUAAGAUGAAACGUCUUAAACUCUAUUAUCAAUACUCUUUGGAUAGUAACAAAUGUUCCGGUACUACUUUUUCUGAAGAAAAGAGCGUCGUCAGUGAGAGCGUCAAAAUAUUCUCAGAUUAUUCUGAUCAGAACACAACAACUAGCAACUGUCAAAAAGACGCAGUUAACUGUUUUGAAAAUCUACUCCAGUCUAACUUUGAAAAUCACCUGAACGAAAGUGGUGAUACGACAAUGAAGCAACCUUUCAUUCGACCAAUUAUAAAUAAUAUACGAGGGAAUUACAAUAAAACUGAUAUACACGUUAAAAGCGAAGUACGCUUGCAAUCAAAAACCGAUACGCACGAGUCUAAUAUCGGAAAAGAUGGACAAGCUCCAAAUAAAGAAGAACAAGAUAAAAAAACGGGAAAAUUGCAAGAAGGAACGGCUAUAUUUAACGUUGAAAUAUUAAAAUCUGCGUUACAAGCGCACAAAGAUAUCGAUGGAUGCGAAAGUCCCAACAACCAGAUUUUAAAAUGCAUAGAAAAUAUGUACUAUCUGUUUGUAUCGACACUUCCCCAACAUUAUCUAAUAGGUGAAAAUACUGAUGAUCAAAAAGAAACCAAAAACGAUUCGCUCGAUAAACAGAUUAAAGGUGAAAAUGUAGGUGAUCAAAAGGUAUCCAAAAACGAUUCGCUUGAUAAACAGAUUAAAGAUGAAAAUACAAGUGAUCGAAAGGAAUCCAAAAACAAUUCGAUCGAUAAACAUAAUAUAGUUGAGAAAGAAGACGUUCUUGAGCAGAGCAAGAAGGCCACGCCACCUGAACAAGAUGGAGGACCGGAAAUGAGAAAUGUGGACACAUCUUACCAUGAAUUUGCAGAUGAACAAGUUUCCAAAGUCGAUCAAAUCACAUCGUACCACGUGACCUGCGAGGAAGCUUCCUCUAAGUGUCAAUUACCCGAGAAGGAACAUAUUGUAAAGACAACUGACCAGGUCACGUCAUACCAUGAACUGUUCGAACAGUUUAAUAAAGAAAUAAACACAAGCAAAGAACAAUUAGUCGAUCAAAUGUCAUCUUACCACGAAGUUGUAGAUAAAGCAGCUGGAAAAGAUUUUAAAUCAAUGGAAAUAAUGGCUGUAUUGGACGCUGUGAAUUACGCAAUUAGUAAAUCUGUUACUGCAAUUACAAAAGAUGUUGAAGAUCUUGGUAAAAAGAAACAACUAGAAUUAGAAGCUACUGAAGGAGAAAUUAUAAAAAUAUUCGAUACUGAAAAGCAUAGUGUAGAUGUUCAAACCGUUGAGGAAGAAGAUAAAUUUACAAAAAGUAAUAUUAAAGAAAAAUUUAUACAAACUAGAGAGAAAUGUCCGAAGAUUAUCUAUGAAACUACAAGUACCAGUACAGAAAACAUGAAAAAAACUCAGCGUUUGAAAAGAAAACAAAAUUCAGAUAAAUUAACGAAAUUGAAAAGUGAUUGUAAUAAUAUUAAAACCGUCCCCGCUUUAGAAUUAGACAAAAAUCAAAUAGAAUCAACGGGCAAAGAGAAAUUAAAAGAAAUCAACAAAAAUAAAUUAGUAUCUAAUACUGACACGAUAGAAACUACUAAAACCCGCCAGAAGAAUUCAAUAAAAAAUAAAAAUAUCGAAAAAACCUCAUUGAUCAGCAAAAUACCGAAAAAAAUUAAACAAAACAGUGCCCCGCCGAAACAAUCAUCUAUUAUCAUACACUAUCCUCUCAAAAAGUCUCAAUCAGAAAUAAGUUUGAGACAACUUAAAACCGAUAGAGGAAGAGGCAGAAUAUCCAGUUUGAUAUGUCUCCACAGAUAUAUGAACGACGUAAAUUUCCCCGACAGCUCAAUCUCGUGCAUGGAUAAUUUUUAUUUAGGUCGUUCCGUCAAUAACGAACAACAUGCGAACAGCAGAUUAUUUUUAACCAAAGAUUACCGUCCUUCUAACAUGAGUUCGUAUCAAAGGAGGAAAAUCUACGACGAAGGUAUAAGAAAUAAGAUGAGGAAAAAAACUUUAACACAAGAUAAAAAAGUUGGACAAGUUUUCGAAGUGCGGUAUAUUACAGUCGAUAAAAAUGAAAAUAAAAAUGAAAUACUAAAAAAAAUAUCGGAAAACGCAAUCGACGAUAACGUUCAUCAAUCUUUUCAUAAUUUCGUCGAAGAAACUAUGGAUUUAUUAAAUAAUAAAGACUCUUUAAACGUCUUUGAUUUUAUACAAGAAAAUGUCAAUUCGGAUAAAAUAUUUAAAAUAAUAGCAUUGUUCAAGAAAGUAUUGUCGUCAGCUAAAGAAAAAACAAAAUUAAAAAAAUGUAGUUGCAUCGAUUUUAUUAAUUUUUUUAAAGAAUUGAACGUUUAUCUGAGAGAAUCUACGAUCAAAUUGAAUAAUUCUGAAAUUAGUACGUUGCCACGUAACUCAGACACUUACACUAUAAGUAAAAAAUCUGCCAUAACCGAACAAUCCAGUAAUCCCACUAUCAAUUCUUCUUCUGAUUUUUUAUAUAACGAUGAUGAUGAUGAUGAUGAUGAAGUACACCUUAAAACACCUUUAAAUCCAAUAUUAGGCUUCGCUUUUAGAAGUGACGCUACCUUUAAAAAAACAGAAGUUGGUAGUUUUGUAGACUCUCAAAUUUCCGAAGAAAGCGGAUAUAUUAGUUCCGGAAGAUCAAAAUAUAAUUUGUCGUUUUCUAAUUUCUUUAAAAAUCCGGUAAUUUCACAACUGUUGAAACCGCAGGGAGAAUAUUUCUUCGAAGACGAUUCCAAGUUAAAUCAAAAGCAAAACAAAUCUUCCCAGUUUAUAAAAUCCGAUAUACCAGCGUGUUCAGCGGAAGAAAUACCCGUCAAAGUCGAUUCAAGCACCACAACUAACGAUGAUUUACCGAAAGAUACAACAACAAAGUCACAAAAUGAUCACGAAAUUAGUAUAAAUGGAUCUUAUUCCGAUAUAUCAGAAGAAGAUUCACCUCCCCAGUUUCUUCUUAUUAAAAAUAGUUUGAGUACGUUAGGAGAUAGAAAAAGUAUCAGCGAAAUAAAUAUUCGUCCAAAAAGUUCGGAUGGUAAUUAUCCGAGACGAGUUAAGAGCGAAACGUUUUUGAAAAAUAAAACGCAUAUUUUAAAUACCGUCGAGUACGUAAACGAACGUGGAGAAGUAAUAUACUCGCAGUCCAUGCAAAUGUACACGGAAAUCAUUGAAAAUAAUUGUAAAGAAGACGUUUUGAUUAUGAAAAGAUUGUUAGAUUCGGGAGUUUAUUUAACAGCUACUAAUUUCAAUACUGGUUGCAUAACUCUUAUUGUUGAUACGUCACAACAAGAAUCGAAACGAAAUGAAUACAACCAUUACGACGUGAACAGUUGUAAUAAUUCUUUGGAUGUUAUGAUGUUAACGACGCAAAAGUUUUUUGAAAAUCUCCUACGUGUUUAUGAGAGAGAAUCCGUUAUAGGCUCCUCGCUUUUUGACGAUAAAGAAUUCGUAGAGAACGAGUUGUAUUCAUCGGUGCACAAUAAUAAAAUAUAUCCGUUACGGAAUCGAUUCGCAAAGCGAAUGAGGAUUUUCAUUCGGAAGAUUUUUUCAAAUCGAUCAAAAAUAAUGAACAGGGACGUUAUUGCAGGUUACGAGGAAAAAGGAUUGCCAUUAGAUGAAUUCUAUCAAAUACAUUUUCAAAUACUUGCCGACUACGCUAUCCAACAUUUUUCUUCGCUAAUAGAAACAUUGCCUUUCAGUUUAGAUAAAAAUGUCGAACUACAUAUUUGCGGCUUUUUCACUCUUUUAAAACGAAUCAAAAAUGGGCAGUUUGUUUUUAUAAAGGUAGAUGAAGAAAUUAAUAUCGAAGAUAAUGUAAAAAAUCAAACAAAAGAAGCUUUUCGUAACAUAUAUUUAUCUGCUUACGAUGAAGCUCGCAAAUACCAUAGAAAAUUGUCUAAAAACGAUAUGAAUCUUAUUGGAGCAUUUGUUUGUAAAUAUAGAAUUGGAUUAUUGUCUAGAAUUGACUUAAUUACGUCCUAUUUGGGAAGGGGAUUUUUCGAGAGUGAAAGUGAGCUAAAAGCUGCGGUUAUCUAUGUAAUGAAGGUUCUUACUAGUAUUAUUGAACUAGAAGAUUUCGAAAAUUAUUGUAAGAAUAAUGAUUUGCCUGCUGAAAAAUAAAA